UGUUUAAAGAAUAUAGAUGCAUGCUAUGUGCCUGAGUAGUUUGGUGCUACUUGCAGUUGAGACUUUAAGCACAUUUUUGCUACUGUGUGCGCAUUUAUGUCAAAAUGAUAAUUCAAUGGUGAAUACUGAAACAUUUUAGGUGGUAGAAAAUCUGGAUGAAAAAAUGCGAAAUAUUUGUUAGUAAGCGUAGUGUAUUCUCAGCUUUUCAAUGAUUCCAAUGUGCAUUAGAUAUUCUAUUUUUUGUUCUUUAGAUUUCAUUAGUGACUAAAAUUAUGUUUGUUGACAUAAAUCUUUACAGGAUCCACUUGUAACUAGAGGAGGUUGAGAAGUACCUUUCCGGGUUCACAAAAGUGGACGACAAUCGAUACUUAAUGACAAUCUUUUUUGAGAUAAGGAAGCAAAAGUAUCUUGAGGCAUUGGAUAAGCAUGAUCGUUCCAAGGCUGUGGAUAUAUUAGUAAAGGAUUUGAAAGUUUUUGCCACAUUUAAUGAAGAGCUUUUCAAGGAAAUCACGCAGCUCUUGACAUUGGAGAAUUUCAGAGAAAAUGAGCAACUUUCCAAAUAUGGAGAUACCAAAUCUGCUAGAGCAAUCAUGUUGGUGGAGCUUAAAAAAUUAAUUGAAGCAAAUCCUUUAUUCCGUGAUAAAUUGCAAUUCCCAAACCUUAAAAAUUCAAGAUUAUGGACUCUCAUCAACCAAAAGUAA